AUGGUAAAAGUCACACAAAUUACGGAUAUUGGUAUUUAUGUGAACUUGCUGGAGUAUAACGACAUUCAGGGCUUCAUUCCUGCCUCUGAACUGUCUCGUCGUCGUAUUCGAUCCAUUCCGAAACUGGUCCAGGUAGGCAAAGUCGAGCCCAGCAUGGUAACGCGUGUGGACAAAGUGAAAGGCUACAUCGAUCUCUCCAAGCGUCGUGUAGCGGACGACGAUAUGAAAGAAGCUGAGAAGCGCUACAAAGAAGCGAAGAAAGUCCACAACAUUGCAGGCAUUCUCUCGAAUCGCUGCAAGAUCAGCAUCGACACUGUCUACGAGUCGAUUAUUUGGCCUCUGAGCGCGAAAUACCAAUCUGCGUACAACGCAUUCCUUCUUUCCGUGUCCAAUCCCGAGAUCCUCAACGAUCUGAGCGUUGAUCCCCCCGUAAUCGCAGAGCUGGUCUCUCUGAUCAACGCUCGUAUGUCUCCGCAGGCAAAGAAGGUCCGAUCGGACAUCGAAGUGACAUGUUUCAGCAUCCACGGAGUCGACGGAAUUCGCGCCGCCAUGGUGAAAAAUCGAAGUGAAUUUGAUCGUAGGCCGCUGCGGAAGCCGUGGGAACGAGCGAAAUGCCUGUGA